UUCAGUGCAUUCUGGGUCUAACCCAACAUGGCUGCGCCCUUGCUGAAGCGCUGAAGAAGUGCCUCUCCGGAGAUAUUCCCGCGUCUGUGUUUAGUUUCCCAGAAACACUUCGGACAAAAUCAGCUCGUGGGCUCGCUGAGGCGCAGGACCCCCCUCGUCCAUAAGUGUGGCCGUCUCCUCGCGCGGCUGUGGCAGACUGUCCGUGUGAAGAUGGGCCUCGUCUCCAGCCCUGUCCCAUAGCAAAGAGCCCCGGGGAGAGGAGCCGCAGGUUCCCCUGCAAACACGCACCGGUCCAGCUCGCCUUUGACGGUUUCGACCUCCUCUACCGGCUUUGGACGCUGCCCUACAGUUUCCUGACCAGGAUAUUCUGCACUACGGUGUCUGUCAUUGUCCGGAGACGGAGAGCUUCUUCCCCAUCCCGGGUUGGUCAUCCCACCGCACCAAGGGCCCUGAUGAAAAUGGACUCGGAGCUGCUUCAUUCCCCAGCCGUGGGGCUGACUGAGGAAGAGGAGGCAGACAUGAAUGACUGGAAGCUUCCCUUGACCUUCAUGAAGAAAAGGCACUUGGAGAAGAUCGAGGGCUCCAAGGCGUUAGCGCAGAGCUGGAGGAUGAAAGACAGGAUGAAGACGGUUAGUGUUGCUCUGGUAUUGUGUCUCAAUGUGGGAGUGGACCCUCCUGAUGUGGUCAAGACAUCCCCAUGUGCCAGGCUGGAGUGUUGGAUAGAUCCUCUGUCAAUGAGUCCACAGAAAGCCCUGGAGACCAUCGGGGCAAACUUGCAGAAGCAGUAUGAAAACUGGCAGCCCAGGGCACGCUACAAACAGAGUCUGGACCCCACAGUGGAUGAAGUGAAGAAACUUUGCACGUCCCUGCGGCGCAACGCUAAAGAGGAGAGAGUCCUCUUCCACUACAAUGGCCAUGGAGUGCCACGGCCAACCGUUAAUGGGGAAAUCUGGGUUUUUAACAAGAAUUACACCCAGUACAUCCCUCUGUCCAUCUAUGACCUGCAGACGUGGAUGGGGAGCCCGUCUAUUUUCGUUUACGACUGCUCCAACGCUGGAAUUAUUGUCAAGUCGUUUAAGCAGUUCGCCCUGCAGAGAGAACAGGAACUGGAGGUUGCAGCCAUAAAUCCCAGCCACCCGCUUGCACAGAUGCCGCUUCCGCCCUCAAUGAAGAACUGCAUCCAGCUGGCUGCAUGUGAGGCCAACGAGCUGCUUCCCAUGAACCCGGACCUCCCCGCUGACCUCUUCACCUCCUGUCUCACCACGCCUAUCAAAAUUGCGCUGAGAUGGUUCUGUAUGCAAAAGAGUGCCACGUUGGUGCCAGGAGUGACGUUAGACCUCAUUGAGAAGAUCCCUGGCAGGCUUAAUGACAGACGCACACCCCUUGGAGAGCUCAACUGGAUCUUCACCGCCAUCACAGACACUAUCGCGUGGAACGUGCUGCCCAGAGAUCUGUUCCAGAAGUUGUUUCGUCAGGACUUGCUGGUGGCCAGCUUGUUCCGCAAUUUCCUGCUGGCAGAAAGGAUAAUGAGGUCGUACAACUGUACACCAGUCAGCAGCCCCCGUCUCCCCCCAACUUACAUGCAUGCCAUGUGGCAAGCCUGGGACUUGGCCGUGGACAUCUGCCUUUCUCAGCUGCCUACCAUCAUCGAGGAGGGCACCGCCUUCAGACACAGUCCAUUCUUCGCAGAACAGCUCACUGCGUUUCAGGUGUGGUUGACUAUGGGUGUGGAGAACAGAAACCCUCCUGAACAGCUCCCUAUAGUUCUGCAGGUCCUUCUGAGUCAAGUGCAUCGGCUGAGGGCUCUGGACCUGCUCGGACGGUUUCUGGAUUUGGGACCCUGGGCUGUCAGUCUGGCUCUUUCUGUUGGGAUCUUCCCAUAUGUGUUAAAGCUGCUCCAGAGUUCAGCCAGGGAGCUGCGGCCGCUGCUGGUGUUCAUCUGGGCUAAAAUCCUGGCCGUUGACAGUUCAUGUCAAGCUGACCUGGUGAAAGACAAUGGACACAAGUACUUCCUGUCUGUGUUAGCUGACAGUUACAUGCCUGCUGAACAUCGGACCAUGGCCGUCUUCAUCUUAGCCGUCAUCGUCAACAGCUACAACACAGGGCAGGAGGCCUGUCUGCAGGGUAACCUGAUCGCCAACUGUCUGGAGCAGCUCUCUGACCCACACCCGUUGCUCCGGCAGUGGGUGGCGAUCUGCCUGGGCCGGAUCUGGCAGAACUUUGAACCGGCGCGGUGGUGUGGAGUCCGAGACAGCGCUCAUGAGAAGCUAUACACCCUGCUGUCCGAUCCCAUCCCCGAGGUAAGAUGCGCGGCUGUGUUUGCUCUGGGAACGUUUGUAGGGAACUCUGCAGAGAGGACGGAUCACUCCACCACCAUCGACCACAAUGUGGCCAUGAUGCUGGCUCAGCUGAUCAACGAUGGCAGCCCUGUGGUCCGCAAGGAGCUGGUAGUAGCUCUGAGUCACUUGGUGGUCCAGUAUGAGAGCAACUUCUGCACAGUUGCCCUGCAGUUCAUAGAAGAAGAGAAGAAUUAUGCUGUACCAUCACCAGCUAACACCUCAGGUUUUAGAUUAAAUUUAAGGAGGAGUUCAAAGGAUCUAAGGCUGGAGUUAAGCUUCUCUGCACAGGCAGAACCAGGCAACAUGACUCCAGUAAGGGACAGCCCGGCCAUCCCUCGUCUUCGGUCCGUUAAUUCCUACACCAACAUCCGAGCAGUAACCACCGCUCGCAACCUGAACAAAAGCCUCCAGAACCUGAAUCUCAACGAAGAAGGUGGCCCAGCAGCCCUCUCUCCUGGUAACCUGAGUACCAGUAGCAGCGCCAGCAGCACACUGGGAAGUCCUGACAACGAUGAGUACAUCCUCUCUUUUGAAACCAUUGACAAGAUGCGACGGGUUUCUUCGUAUUCCUCCCUAAACUCCCUCAUAGGUGUUUCCUACAACAGUGUUUACACUCAGAUAUGGAGAGUGCUGCUCCACCUAGCUGCAGAUCCUUUCCCAGAGGUUUCAGAUUUGGCCAUGAAAGUCCUCAACAGCAUCGCUUACAAGGCGACGAUGAACGCAAGACCUCAGAGGAUUCUGGACUCUGGAUCGUUGACGCAGUCUGCGCCAGCCAGUCCCACCAGCAAGGGCACCCACAUUCAUCAGGCGGGCGGCUCUCCACCUAUGCCUAGUACCAGUAGCUCCAGCCUGACCAAUGAAGUCCCCAAACCUCCUCCCAGAGAGCCGCCAGCAACACGCCCCCCCUACACCCCAACGCUGGGAGGACAGGCGCCCCACUCACACCAGUUCCCUCGGACACGCAAGAUGUUUGACAAGGGACCAGAACAGGCAGCUGAAGAUGGCGAGGAGCCUGGUGGUCACAGGAACUACGUCAGUCUGGCUCUGCAGACGGGGUUAUGUGACUGGAGCGCCAAGUACUUUGCUCAACCUGUUAUGAAGAUUCCAGAGGAGCAUGACCUGGAGAGUCAGGUGAGGAUGGAGCGGCAGUGGAGGUUCCUCAGGAAUGCUCGUGUUAGAAGACAGAGUCGGGUUAUAACACAAAGAGGUAUUUCCCGUCUAGACGAUCAAAUAUUCAUCAACCGUAACCCGGGAGUACCAUCUGUUGUGAAGUUUCACCCCUUCAACACCUGCAUUGCUGUGGCCGACAAGGACAGCAUCUGUUUCUGGGAUUGGGAGAAGGGUGAGAGGCUGGACUACUUUUACAACGGAAACCCUCGUUACACCCGGAUUACAGCCAUGGAGUACCUGAACGGACAUGACUGCUCAUUACUGCUCACUGCCACAGAUGACGGAGCGUUGCGAGUCUGGAAGAACUUUGCUGACCAGAAGAACCCAGAGAUGGUAACGGCGUGGCAGGGCCUCUCAGACAUGCUGCCAACCACCAGAGGUCAGCCCUCCUCCAGCACCCACAGUCUGGCCAGAAGGGUUUCCAUCUAUCUUGACAGGAGCAAGCAAGGAGGAGCUGGGAUGGUGGUGGACUGGGAGCAGGAAACUGGUCUCCUCAUGACGUCAGGAGAUGUGAGAGUCAUUCGGAUCUGGGACACGGACAGAGAGAUGAAAGUCCAGGACAUCCCUACAGGUGCUGACAGCUGCGUGACCAGCCUGUCCUGCGACUCGCAGCGCUCGCUCAUCGUAGCUGGUCUGGGUGACGGGUCGGUACGCGUGUUUGAUCGCAGGAUGGGCCCGAGUGAAUGUCGAGUGAUGACCUACAGGGAACAUGGAGCCUGGGUGGUUAAAGCUCACCUGCAGAAGGAGACAGACGGAAACAUUAUCAGUGUCAGUGUUAACGGAGAUGUUCGGUUCUUUGAACCGCGGACGCCAGACUCCAUUAAUGUGUUGCAGACUGUAAAGGGAUUAACAGCCUUGGAUAUACACCCACAGGCCAACCUAUUCGCCUGUGGAUCAAUGAACCAGUUCAUAGCCGUGUACAACGCUAACGGUGACGUGAUCAGCAAUAUAAAGUACUAUGAUGGCUUCAUGGGGCAGAGGAUCGGUGCUAUCAGCUGUUUAGCCUUCCAUCCACACUGGCCCCACUUGGCUGUUGGAAGCAACGACUACUACAUGUCCAUCUAUUCAGCAGAGAAGAGGCUCAGAUAACACACCAGCACAGCUCCUCUUUCUCCUACCCCUCACCCCCCUACACUCAUGAAUUCAGACCCUGAGCCUCGAGCACUUGGAUGUAAAGGAUGUUUGUUUUUUGUACAUAUGCAAUUCACCUCCGUGAAUGUUCAAGUGAUAGCUGCUGACAAAAACUCAUGCUACAAAUGUCUCUAUAC